AUGCAUCGACCCAAGCUCUUAGAUCCCUCAACCGACAAGGAGAACACUCCCGUAUCCCAGAAAGCCUCGAGACUCUAUGGCGGCGGACCGCAGUCCAUAGACCGCCUCAUCAAGCCUUUCAGAUGCCCCGGUAGUGCCACACCAACUCGUGCGUCAGAAAAACCGGCCAGGAAGAAGAGAAAAGUCAGCUACGCGGAUGCAGAUGGCACUGUUGAGGAUGGAGGAAAGCCUUACACAAACGAAGACCGCCUCGCAUUGGCGAACAGAGAUGUCAACAAGUUCCCAGUGUUCAAAGUGAAGGACAAGGGUACGCUGUUUCGUCAACGGUUUGCAGUGCCAUUGAUCAAUAAGGAUGCUGGAGGCUACAAUUCAUAUCGCCCAGCGCCUACAUUGGGAAUGCGGAAGGGAGCAGUGUUUUUGGCCAAACCACUGCAUGAUCCUAGCGGAGAGUUCGCCAUUGUGCUAUUCGAUCCUACAAUCGAUGACAAGCCUACCACGGUUGAAGAGGAGGUAAGACAAAGUCAGGAAGAAAACAUCCCGAAGCUGGAUGUCCCAAUCAUGCACAGGAGCUUGGCCGAUAUACUGGGAUUGAAGAAGGAGGUUGAAGAACACCCAAAGGUCCCUGUGGUCAUUGAUCCAAGGCUAGCGAAAGUUCUGAGGCCCCAUCAGGUGGAGGGGGUCAAGUUCCUCUACCGAUGCGUUACUGGGCUCAUAGAUACAAAGGCGAAUGGCUGUAUUAUGGCAGACGAGAUGGGCUUGGGAAAGACACUACAAUGCAUUGCGUUGAUGUGGACCCUACUGAAGCAAUCACCAGAGCCUGGCAAGUCUACGAUUCAAAAGUGCGUCAUAGCAUGCCCUUCAAGUCUUGUACGCAAUUGGGCGAACGAGCUUAUCAAAUGGCUUGGGAAAGACGCCGUGACACCGUUUGCGGUAGAUGGGAAGGCCUCCAAAGACGAGCUUACCACGCAGCUUAGGCAGUGGUCGGUUGCCAGUGGUCGAGCCGUGGUGCGUCCUGUACUCAUCGUGUCUUAUGAGACGCUGCGACUGAAUGUGGGCGAGUUGAGCAAUACGCCAAUCGGACUUCUGCUCUGCGACGAAGGACAUCGUCUGAAGAACGGAGAGUCUCAGACUUUCGAAGCACUGAACGGACUCAACGUUUCGCGACGAGUCAUUCUUUCUGGAACACCGAUUCAAAAUGAUCUAUCAGAGUAUUUCUCCUUGCUGAACUUUGCCAACCCAAGUCUACUUGGCACGCGUAUGGAGUUUCGCAAGCAGUACGAACUGCCUAUCCUCCGAGGCCGUGAUGCUGCAGGGACAGACGCAGACCAAAAGAAGGGUAAUGAACGUCUGGCGGAGCUAUUGGCACUUGUCAACAAGUUCAUCAUUCGGCGAACAAAUGACAUUCUCUCCAAGUACCUACCCGUCAAGUACGAACAUGUCGUCUUCUGCAACCUCGCGCCCUUUCAGCUGGAUCUGUACAACCAUUUCAUCCAAAGCCCGGACAUUAAGAGCCUUCUGAGAGGAAAAGGCAGUCAGCCGCUGAAGGCAAUCGGCAUGCUCAAAAAGCUAUGCAAUCAUCCAGACCUGCUCAACUUACCCGACGAUCUUCCUGGCUGCGAACAGUAUUUCCCAGAUGACUACGUCCCCAAAGACGCAAGAGGCAGAGACCGAGACAUCAAGUCGUGGUACUCUGGUAAGAUGCAAGUCCUCGAUCGCAUGCUUGCCCGGAUAAGGCAAGACACCAAUGAUAAGAUCGUCCUCAUUAGCAAUUACACCCAGACCCUUGACAUCUUCGACAAGCUCUGCCGCUCUCGCAACUAUGGAGUUCUUCGCCUCGAUGGCACCAUGAACGUCAGCAAGCGGCAGAAGCUUGUCGAUAAAUUCAAUGACCCGGAAGGCGAGGAAUUCGUCUUCCUGCUCAGCAGCAAGGCCGGUGGUUGUGGUCUCAAUCUUAUCGGCGCCAAUCGACUCGUCCUCUUCGAUCCGGACUGGAAUCCGGCAGCUGACCAGCAAGCACUGGCUCGUGUCUGGCGUGAUGGCCAGAAGAAGGAUUGUUUCGUUUACCGCUUCAUAGCUACAGGUACCAUCGAAGAGAAGAUCUUCCAGCGCCAAUCUCACAAGCAAUCUCUAUCCUCCUGCGUCGUCGACUCCGCCGAGGACGUCGAGAGGCAUUUCACCCUCGACUCCCUGCGCGAACUGUUCCAGUACAAGCCAGGCACUACAAGCGAUACGCACGACAGUUUCAAGUGCAAGCGAUGCAAGCCUGAUGGCAAACAGCACCUCAAAGCCCCGGCAAUGCUGUACGGAGACACGAGCAGUUGGAAUCACUUUGUCAACGAUGGGGAGGCAGGACCGCUGGCGAAGAUCCAGGACUUGCUGCUGAGGCAGGAAACAGCGGACAAGGCUGUCAGUGCUGUGUUCCAAUACAUCAGUCACUGA